AUGUCUCUUCAAAAUCAUAAAUUAAAUAACAACAAUGCGAGCGAGAAUAUGUCACAAACGCCGUCAUCGAAUGAAAGCAAUCUGUUAGAGAAGGAAAUUAAUUUGAAUGACUUUUUGGAUUUUUUAAAUUUAUCUUGUCAUGUAAAUGACAUGAUUUCUGAAAAUAGUGAAUUUCAGCAGCAACAACAAACGCAAGCGAAAAACGACGCAAGUCAAUUGACCAAAUUGUCAGGGCGGCCAUCGAAUAAAUCUCUUAAUAUUGAGAAGACGCUAGACUUCGACAAAUUGAAGAAGAAUCGCUUAUUAAACGAUUUAUACGGAGGUCAGCGUAAUGCCCGAACAAUCGCUGACAAUUAUAUCAACGGUGCUAGCACCCAUGGUACAUGUAGUAAUCGCGCUUGUAUUAAUAGUGUUGCAACCAGUAGUGGAACUGCUGGUCAAAAUUGUAAUUGUAGUACUAAAUACUCUGGCCAAUCUCGGGUAUGUGGGCGUACGGUUAAAUCUCCAACAAAUGUAGCUGAUGGAAAUUUACAAUCAAAAUUAAAUGACAAGUUAGACACCAUACUCAACGAGGGUAUGCUUGAUUCUGUGCUACCUUUCAUUUGCCCGAUUCCACUUCCGAACAAUUAUACAAACCGUUUAAAGCCUAAAGGCAAAAGUGACAGAGACAAAUCCCUCCUCACGUCGGUGACAGUGCUUCCAGGUGGGAGCGAGGGAUCCACAUCGGAAUUAAAUUUAGCGAUCGAUUCGCCAAAGUCCAGAAAUGCAAAGCGGAAAACGAGCGCAUCACUCAGUAAACCAGAAAGUCCAUCGAAGGAAGCGGAGGUUAUUAUCCAUGUGUGCGAUGAAGUAAAAAACACAUCCAGGGACUUUGCGUGCCCUCAGACCUUGCUCAUUAGUAAGAUGGGCUAUUUUGCCAAUGUCACGGCUGGCCAAAAUUUAGACGAUAUAGACAUUUCCGUUCACUGCGAUAUACAGAUAUUCGAUUGGCUUAUGAAAUGGAUGAAAUUUUCCGCCGAACCCCUCACUUCAAAUUCAACAUCCCCCAACGAUAAUAUCAGACCAUUCGAAAGUCAACCGCAACUAAGCCUAGCUAAUGUAGUGCCCAUAUUGGUGUCGGCUAGUUUUUUACAGAUGGAACCUUUAUUGUUGGACUGCUUGAGCUAUUGUCACGCCAAUUUAGAUGAGGUGGUGAAGGCGAGUCAUAACUUGUCGUGUUUAAAUGAUACGAUAGUGACGCGCUUGGCAGCUAUGUUUACUAAUGUCGAAUUGGAAAUGGUUCAAGACAAAAAGGAGCGUUUAGCCCCGCGUCUGUGGAUUAAGCUUAUACAAAGCCUUUGUGAGAGCGAACCGGAAGCUUUAAGGGGUCAUCACUAUACAUUGGCCGGUCUAUUUCGCUGUACAAAAUGUCAUAAAUAUUUAACCAAUACGAUGAAAUCUUAUGUAAGCUGUAUACCAAGCAAUGUGCGCUUGAAUCGUUGGGGUCAAGUUAUAAGCCAUCAUACACGUGAUUCUAGUUGGGAUUUAAGCUCUUACAUAACCCAAUUGUUUAAGGAAGUGAAAUCGUGGAGAUUAGUUUAUUGGAAAUUAUGGGGUCAUGCCCACUAUUUGUAUUGUUGUCUUUGCGAAACAUAUUUUCCCGUUCAUCAGAUGUGCUGGUGUCGUUAUCAUCCCGAAUCGCCCAUUUUUCUUGGACCUAUUGUUGAAGGUCGUAUGAGUGGUCCAGCUGGACGUUACGCUUGCUGUGGUCAACAAGUUUUUCGUUUCGAGACUUUAAUAACACAAAAUGGUUGCCAAUUUCGCGAUCAUAGCGUGUUGGUCGAAACUGACCGUGAACGUUCUAUACUUGCUAUAUAUCAAUUGGCUUCUGAAAACUGCGCUUUAGGUGAUCAUCCGCCUUGGAAGUUAAAGGAAAUCGCUGCGACCGGGCAAUGUGAACCACGUUGGGUGGGAAUGUCGUUAUUGCCGCAACGUCGUCGCCAGGGGUUACUGCCUACUUUAAAUCCCGCUGGAUCUAAUUCCCAUUUAUUUCGGCGCGCAACGGCUUCAAACUUUUUUUUUGAUUCUAGCACCGAAUCGGAAAGUCUAGACUCCAACGAGCAGCAGCAAUUGAAAAAGAAACAAACAGAUCAACGAAGUCAUCUAAGUAGCUUGUCUACCAUCUCUUCAACAAGUAGCGAUGGCUACGAAUCAUCAGAUACUUCGAAAGGACAAAAGCUAGGGAACUUUAAAUCAGGAAAGAAAAACAAAAGUUCUGAACUAUCUGGUCGCCAAUGGUCCGGUGAAUUGUCUGCACGCAGCAAUCAAGAUCAUCAACGCGAAUAUGAGGAGAAAGUUAUGAAACAACUUAUGGAUCUUGUGGAAAAGAAAACUAAUACAGAAGCGAAACAGAAUUAUGUCGUAAAACCAUUAGGCGGUACUUAUAUACGGUUAGAGCAAGAUUGGAAAGAUAGCGUUAAACAACGUAUGGGAGCAUUGGGUGUUAGCGCCAGCUCAGUAGCAUUUGGCAUUUGUGGCAGCAGCUCGAGUAGCACUUCACUGGCACUAAAACCGUCAAGGUCGAAAAACUCAGCUCUAAGUUCUGCAAGUCAAGCAAGUGGUAUUACAUAUUACGAUCGUACAAAUCAACAGUAA